AUGGAGUUUGGUAGGAGGAUAUGGUUACGAGAAUGGGCUUUCCUUUUAGCACUUUGCUGCGCCCAUCAGAUAGUUUCAUCUGAAGUGAAAAUCAUCCAGCAAACAUCAAAUCCAGUAAUAACACCUUCCAACCCUGCUCACAAUGGCCGUGUAUGCAGCACAUGGGGCAACUUCCACUUCAAGACUUUUGAUGGAGACAUCUACCACUACCCUGGGCUCUGUAAUUAUGUUUUCGCAUCCCAUUGCAACACUCCCUAUGAAGAAUUCAACAUCCAGAUUAGGCGUACCGUGGUGGAAAAUGUUCCUAUAAUCCACCGCAUUGCCAUAAAACUUGAAGGUGUAGCUGUUGAGCUAACGAAGGAUACUGUCCUGAUCAACAGCAACAGAGUUCAACUGCCAUACAGUCAAGCUGGAAUUACUAUAGAGAGAAGCAGCAUUUACGUGAAAGUUGUCAGCAAAGCAGAUAUUGUAUUUAUGUGGAAUCAGCAUGACAGUAUCUUGUUAGAACUGCAUGAGAAAUAUGCCAAUCAGACCUGUGGUCUUUGUGGGGACUUCAAUGGCAUUCCAGUUUACAAUGAGUUCUAUUCAAACAAUAUCAGAAUGACAGCCUUACAGUUUGGGAAUAUGCAGAAGUUGGAUGGGCCGACAGAGUACUGUGAAGACCCAACUCCUUCCUCAUCAGAUAACUGCACAUAUGACUUUGAUGACAUAUGUCAGAAAACAUUGACCAGCUUUGCAUUUGAAGACUGUAAUGGCCUAGUUAAUGUUAGUGAGUACAUUAGGGCUUGCCGAGAAGACUUGUGCCGCUCUGAAGAGUUAAAAAAUGCCUCAUGUAUCUGCGAUACUAUUGCUGAGUACUCCCGGCAGUGUGCUCAUGCUGGUGGGGAACCUUUGAACUGGAGAACCUCAAAACUGUGCCCCAAGACAUGUCCUUACAACAUGCAGUAUUCGGAGUGCAGCUCCCCCUGCACUGACACAUGCACUAAUCCUGAACGAUCUCAGUUUUGUGAAGAGCACUGUAUGGAUGGUUGUUUCUGCCCCCAAGGAACCGUUUUUGAUGACAUAAACAAUUCUGGCUGCAUCUCCCGUCAGCAAUGCUCCUGUAUUUACAAUGGCAACACUUAUGCUCCAGGAACUUCUUUCUCAGAGCAGUGCUAUUCCUGUACAUGCAAUGGAAGCAAAUGGAAUUGCGAAGAUAUGUCAUGUCCAGGAAUAUGUUCCGUAGAGGGAGGCUCGCACAUUUCGACAUAUGAUAAAAAGCAUUAUGAUGUCUAUGGAGACUGCACUUACGUCCUUUCUAAGCAAUGUGAAGAUGAAAUAUUCACCAUCCUGGUAGAACUACGCAAAUGUGGCAUGACAAGCACUGAAACAUGCUUAAGGACAGUGACCCUCAGCUUGAAUAAAGGACAAACGCUCGUUGAGGUCAAAAGUGAUGGUGGUGUGUUUGUGAACUCAAUCUACACCCAGCUGCCAAUCUCAGCAGCCAAUGUCACCAUCUUUAGACCUUCAUCAUUCUUCAUCAUCAUGCACACAAAUAUUGGUAUCCAGGUUGAAAUCCAGAUCACACCCAUCAUGCAAAUGUUUGUGCGAUUGGACCCUGUGUUCAAAGACCAAACCUGUGGUCUUUGUGGAAAUUUCAAUAAUGUCCAAACUGAUGACUUUAAGGCCAUAAGUGGAGUAGUUGAAGGAACAGCAGCAGCAUUUGCUAAUACAUGGAAAACUCAGGCUUCUUGCCCUGAUAUCCAGAACAGUUUUGAGAACCCCUGUGCACUCAGCAUCGAUAAUGAAAAAUAUGCUAAGCAUUGGUGUGGGCUACUAACUAACAGAGAAGGACCUUUUGCUGGUUGUCAUUAUCUACUGAAUCCCUCUACUUACUACAUGAACUGCAUGUUUGACACGUGCAACUGUCAAAACAGUGAGGGCUGUCUGUGCGCAUCCCUUUCUUCCUAUGUGAGAGCUUGUGCUGCAAGAGGAAUCCAAAUAAAUGGGUGGAGGACUAAUGUCUGUUCAAAGUACGCCACCUCAUGUCCCAAAUCCCUAAGUUACAGCUAUACCAUCGAUUCAUGCCAACCCACAUGUCGCUCUCUAAGUGAGCCUGAUAUCACAUGCAAAAUUAAGUUUGUCCCAGUUGAUGGCUGCACCUGCAUAAAUGGAACCUACAUGGAUGAAAGUGGCAAAUGUGUGCCUGCUGAUGAAUGCCCCUGUUACUAUCGAGGAUCUCCCAUACCACUUGGAGAAGUUGUCCGUGAAAAUGGGCUUGUAUGCACUUGCAUCCAGGGAAAACUGACUUGCAUUGGAGAACCCGAUCAAAUUCCAGUUUGUGAAUCUCCCAUGUUCUACUUAGACUGUAGAAACAGCACAGCAGGAGCAACUGGAUCAGAGUGUCAAAAAAGCUGUCAUACUCUGGAUAUGCAGUGUUAUAGCACACAGUGUGUAUCUGGCUGUGUGUGCCCAUCUGGACUUGUGUUAGAUGGGAAGGGUGGUUGUAUUCCUGAAGAGGAAUGUCCAUGUAUUCACAAUGGAGCCACGUAUCAAUCCGGGGAAAAGAUCAAUGCUGACUGUAAUACCUGUGUGUGCAAGAAUAGGAUGUGGGAAUGCACCAAAAAACAAUGCCUGGGCACGUGUGCUGUUUACGGAGAUGGACAUUAUACCACCUUUGAUGACCAGACAUUCAGCUUCAGUGGAAACUGCAAAUACACGUUAGUCCGGAACCACUGCGGGAAGAGUGACACAGUGAAUGGGACCUUCCAGGUUAUCACUGAAAAUAUUCCCUGCGGCAGCACUGGGACAACUUGCUCAAAAUCUAUCAAAGUUUUCUUAGAGCACUAUGAACUGAUACUCAGUGAGGAGCGUGUCAGUGUGAUACAGAGAGGACAAGGUGGUGAAGUACCAUUCACAGUCCGUUACAUAGGUAUGUACACAGUGAUUGAUACCACCAGCGGACUGAUCCUCAUGUGGGACAAGAAAACCAGCAUCUUCAUCAAGCUGAGCGCUGAAUUUAAGGGUCAGAUCUGUGGCCUCUGUGGAAAUUAUGAUGGCAAUGGCAUCAAUGACUUCACUACAAGGAGUCUGUCUGUAGUGGAGGAUGUCCUAGAGUUCGGAAACAGCUGGAAAGUAUCCUCCACAUGUCCUGAUGCUCACUUCUUAAAGGACCCAUGCUCUACCAACCCUUAUCGAAAGUCCUGGUCAGAGAAGCAGUGUAGCAUCAUCAACAGCAAUGUCUUUGCUGCCUGUCACUCACAGAUUGAACCAGCAAGAUAUUAUCAAGCCUGUGUGACAGAUGCUUGUGCCUGUGACUCUGGAGGAGACUGUGAUUGUUUUUGUACAGCAGUAGCUGCCUAUGCUCAAGCAUGUAAUGAAGUUGGUGUCUGCAUAGCCUGGAGAACCCCAUCAAUUUGUCCACUGUUCUGUGAUUACUAUAAUCAACAAGGAGAAUGUGAAUGGCACUAUAAGCCUUGUGGAGCCUCCUGUAUGAAGACCUGUAAGAACCCAAGUGGAAAAUGCCUCCAUAACUUGCCAGGUUUAGAAGGCUGCUACCCCAACUGCCCACCAGACAAGCCAUAUUUUCAUGAGGAUCAGAUGAAGUGUGUCAGUCUCUGUGACUGUUAUGAUAAUGAAGAUGGAAAGAUAUAUAUGCGGGAUAAAUGUCAAUUAUGCGAGUGCACAUCAGAAGGUUUACAGUGCAAGUUUGAUGAUAAAGCAUGUAACUGCAUAUAUGAAAACAACAUCUAUAAAUAUAAUGAACUCAUCUACAACACCACAGAUGGAAGUGGAUGGUGUUUCCAUGCAACAUGUGAUGUCAAUGGAACAAUAAGCAGAAAUAUAUUUGAAUGUGGAAUCACAACCACCCCAUUUACAUUUUCUACCAGUCAACCUACAACAGAAAUGGCAACCACAACACCAGCAAGAAGUGUAUGCGUGAAGUAUAUAUGUGAGUGGUCAGAAUGGUAUGAUGGGACAGAGCUUGAAAAUGAAGAGGAAACCUUUCAAUAUAUCACAGGACAAGGAAAAAGCACUUGUAAUACCACGAGCAGCAUUGAAUGCAGAGUACAUAAACACUCAGAUAAGACAAUAAAAUAUCAUAAGCAAAAGAUAAAAUGCAAUAAAACCACUGAAUUGAAAUGCAAUAACAAAGACCAAGAAGAUAAGAAAUGCUUCAAUUACCAAAUCAGAGUAUUAUGCUGUAAAUAUAUAUCAUGUUCAGAAAUAACAACUACAACACCAAAACAAACACAACAAACUACAUUCACAACUACUGAAACAACAGCAAUUCCAAUACAGACAAAGAAUAAAACAACAAUGUCACAAAUAGGAACAAAAUCACAACAAAAAGAAACGACGACAAUAUCAAAAAAUACCAGCAGUGCAGAUACCACUAAGACGUCAGUGCACCAAACAGAAAGUACGACCACCAUUGCAUCAACAACUUCAUCAACAACACCUACCAGCAGUACCAGCACGACCAAGACAACACACCCCGUAACAACAGGAACAACAAACAUUGCACCCACAAGUGCAGGAACCAUCACACCUACCAGCAGUGCCAGCACCACCAAGACCACUCCUCUUACGACUGGGAGCACAGUCACCAUCCCCACCUCACCCACCACUACUGCCACGACCCCUCCCCCAACCAACAGCUGCCAGCCGCGCUGUGCCUGGACGCAGUGGUUUGAUGUGGAUUUCCCAAGCUCUGGUAGCCAGGAUGGAGACUUUGAGACCUAUGCAAAUAUCCGUGCCGCUGGUUAUGACCUGUGCUCCCAGCCGCAGGACAUCAGGUGCCGUGCUGAAAACUACCCUGACAGGAGCCUGGAGAGCUUGGACCAGAAACUGAAGUGCAGCCUCGAUGUUGGGCUGGAGUGCAGAAACCAGGAUCAGAACAGCAAGUACCCCAUGUGCUUCAACUACCAGGUCAGUGUGCUGUGCUGUGACCGCCAACGCUGCUCGACAGCAUUAACAACUCCAGGCACUACGCCAAGCACCUCAACUGGAACCACUCCAGUAACGCCACUCACUGAGGUCGACCAGACUACAACAACACCCACUACUGCCUCUACUAUCCCCACAUCUUCUGAGACCACCACCACAAGCACCACGGGAGUCACCAAGACCACCAGCACUCCGUCAGCAGGCCCAACUACAGUCACAGCUGGAAGUACAACCAAGACUGUUCCGCUUACAACAGAAGGUACAACCACCAUUUCUUCCACAAGUGUGGGGACCACUGUACCUACCUACAGUGCCAGCACCACAAAGACCUCACCUCCUCCAACAAAAAGCACAACCACCAUUACAUCCACAAGUGCAGAAAGCACCACCAUACCUACCAGCAGUGCCAGCACCACCAAGACAUUACCUCCUCCAAUAAAAGCUAAGACCACCAUUUCUUCCACAAGUGCAGAGACCACCAUACCUACCUCCAUUGCCAGCACCACAAAGACCUCACCUCCUCCAACAAAAAGCACAACCACCAUUACAUCCACAAGUGCAGAAAGCACCACCAUACCUACCAGCAGUGCCAGCACCACCAAGAGAUCACCUCCUCCAAUAAAAGCUAAGACCACCAUUUCUUCCACAAGUGCAGAGACCACCAUACCUACCUCCAGUGCCAGCACCACCAAGACCACUCCUCUUACGACUGGGAGCACAGUCACCAUCCCCACCUCACCCACCACUACUGCCACGACCCCUCCCCCAACAAACAGCUGCCAGCCGCGCUGUGCCUGGACGCAGUGGUUUGAUGUGGAUUUCCCAAGCUCUAGUAGCCAGGAUGGAGACUUUGAGACCUAUGCAAAUAUCCGUGCCGCUGGUUAUGACCUGUGCUCCCAGCCGCAGGACAUCAGGUGCCGUGCUGAAAACUACCCUGACAGGAGCCUGGAGAGCUUGGACCAGAAACUGAAGUGCAGCCUCGAUAUUGGGCUGGAGUGCAGAAACCAGGAUCAGAACAGCAAGUACCCCAUGUGCUUCAACUACCAGGUCAGUGUGCUGUGCUGUGACCGCCAACGCUGCUCGACAGCAUUACCGACUCCAGGCACUACGUCAAGCACCUCAACUGGAACCACUCCAGUAACACCACUCACUGAGUUUGACCAGACUGCAACGACACCCACUACAGCCUCUACUAUCUCCACAUCUUCUGAGACCACCACCACAAGCACCACGGGAGUCACCAAGACCACCAGCCCUCUGCCAACAGGCCCAACUACAGUCACAGCUGGAAGUACAACCAAGACUGUUCCGCUUACAACAGAAGGUACAACCACCAUUUCUUCCACAAGUGCAGGGACCACCGUACCUACCUCCAGUGCCAGCACCACAAAGACCUCACCUCCUCCAACAAAAAGCACAACCACCAUUACAUCCACAAGUGCAGAAAGCACCACCAUACCUACCAGCAGUGCCAGCACCACCAAGACAUCACCUCCUCCAAUAAAAGCUAAGACCACCAUUUCUUCCACAAGUGCAGGGACCACCAUACCUACCUCCAUUGCCAGCACCACCAAGACCACUCCUCCUGUACCAGGGAGCACAACCACCAUUGUCACCACCACAACCUCAGUGCCCAGCUCCCCCACCAGUACUAUCACACCCAUGUCGUCAACAAGCGCCAUUCCAGCAACUUCGCCCUCUGGUCAAAGCCAGCCUACAGCAAAACCCACUACUAUCUCUACACAAAGCACCUCAACUGGAACCACUUCAGUAACGCCACCCACUGGACGCUACCAGACUACAACAACACCCACUACAGCCUCUACUGUCCCCACAUCUUCUGAGACCACCACCACAAGCACCACGGGAGCCACCAAGACCACCAGCACUCCGUCAGCAGGCCCAACUACAGUCACAGCUGGAAGUACAACCAAGACUGUUCCGCUUACAACAGAAGGUACAACCACCGUUUCUUCUACAAGUGCAGAGACCACCGUACCUACCUCCAGUGCCAGCACCACCAAGACCACUCCUCUUACGACUGGGAGCACAGUCACCAUCCCCACCUCACCCACCACUACUGCCACGACCCCUCCCCCAACCAACAGCUGCCAGCCGCGCUGUGCCUGGACGCAGUGGUUUGAUGUGGAUUUCCCAAGCUCUAGUAGCCAGGAUGGAGACUUUGAGACCUAUGCAAAUAUCCGUGCCGCUGGUUAUGACCUGUGCUCCCAGCCGCAGGACAUCAGGUGCCGUGCUGAAAACUACCCUGACAGGAGCCUGGAGAGCUUGGACCAGAAACUGAAGUGCAGCCUCGAUGUUGGGCUGGAGUGCAGAAACCAGGAUCAGAACAGCAAGUACCCCAUGUGCUUCAACUACCAGGUCAGUGUGCUGUGCUGUGACCGCCAACGCUGCUCGACAGCAUUAACAACUCCAGGCACUACGCCAAGCACCUCAACAGGAACCACUCCAGUAACGCCACUCACUGAGUUCGACCAGACUACAACAACACCCACUACUGCCUCUACUAUCCCCACAUCUUCUGAGACCACCACUACAAGCACCGCGGGAGUCACCAAGACCACCAGCACUCCGUCAGCACGCCCAACUACAGUCACAGCUGGAAGUACAACCAAGACUGUUCCGCUUACAACAGAAGGUACAACCACCGUUUCUUCCACAAGUGCAGGGACCACCGUACCUACCUCCAUUGCCAGCACCACGAAGACCUCACCUCCUCCAACAAAAAGCACAACCACCAUUACAUCCACAAGUGCAGAAAGCACCACCAUACCUACCAGCAGUGCCAGCACCACCAAGACAUUACCUCCUCCAAUAAAAGCUAAGACCACCAUUUCUUCCACAAGUGCAGAGACCACCAUACCUACAACCAUUGCCAGCACCACAAAGACCUCACCUCCUCCAACAAAAAGCACAACCACCAUUACAUCCACAAGUGCAGAAAGCACCACCAUACCUACCAGCAGUGCCAGCACCACCAAGACAUUACCUCCUCCAAUAAAAGCUAAGACCACCAUUUCUUCCACAAGUGCAGAGACCACCGUACCUACCUCCAGUGCCAGCUCCACCAAGACCACUCCUCCUGUACCAGGGAGCACAACCACCAUUGUCACCACCACAACCUCAGUGCCCAGCUCCCCCACCAGUACUAUCACACCCAUGUCGUCAACAAGCGCCAUUCCAGCAACUUCGCCCUCUGGUCAAAGCCAGCCUACAGCAAAACCCACUACUAUCUCUACGCCAAGCACCUCAACUGGAACCACUUCAGUAACGCCACCCACUGGACGCUACCAGACUACAACAACACCCACUACAGCCUCUACUGUCCCCACAUCUUCUGAGACCACCACCACAAGCACCACGGGAGUCACCAAGACCACCAGCACUCCGUCAGCAGGCCCAAGUACAGUCACAGCUGGAAGUACAACCAAGACUGUUCCGCUUACAACAGAAGGUACAACCACCAUUUCUUCCACAAGUGCAGAGACCACCGUACCUACCUCCAUUGCCAGCACCACGAAGACCUCACCUCCUCCAACAAAAAGCACAACCACCAUUACAUCCACAAGUGCAGAAAGCACCACCAUACCUACCAGCAGUGCCAGCACCACCAAGACAUUACCUCCUCCAAUAAAAGCUAAGACCACCAUUUCUUCCACAAGUGCAGAGACCACCAUACCUACCUCCAGUGCCCGCACCACCAAGACCACUCCUCCUGUACCAGGGAGCACAACCACCAUUGUCACCACCACAACCUCAGUGCCCAGCUCCCCCACCAGUACUAUCACACCCAUGUCGUCAACAAGCGCCAUUCCAGCAACUUCGCCCUCUGGUCAAAGCCAGCCUACAGCAAAACCCACUACUAUCUCUACGCCAAGCACCUCAACUGGAACCACUUCAGUAACGCCACCCACUGGACGCUACCAGACUACAACAACACCCACUACAGCCUCUACGAUCCCCACAUCUUCUCAGACCACCACCACAAGCACCACGGGAGUCACCAAGACCACCAGCCCUCUGCCAACAGGCCCAACUACAGUCACAGCUGGAAGUACAACCAAGACUGUUCCGCUUACAACAGAAGGUACAACCACCGUUUCUUCCACAAGUGCAGGGACCACUGUACCUACCUCCAUUGCCAGCACCACGAAGACCUCACCUCCUCCAACAAAAAGCACAACCACCAUUACAUCCACAAGUGCAGAAAGCACCACCAUACCUACCAGCAGUGCCAGCACCACCAAGACAUUACCUCCUCCAAUAAAAGCUAAGACCACCAUUUCUUCCACAAGUGCAGAGACCACCAUACCUACAACCAUUGCCAGCACCACAAAGACCUCACCUCCUCCAACAAAAAGCACAACCACCAUUACAUCCACAAGUGCAGAAAGCACCACCAUACCUACCAGCAGUGCCAGCACCACCAAGACAUUACCUCCUCCAAUAAAAGCUAAGACCACCAUUUCUUCCACAAGUGCAGAGACCACCGUACCUACCUCCAGUGCCAGCACCACCAAGACCACUCCUCCUGUACCAGGGAGCACAACCACCAUUGUCACCACCACAACCUCAGUGCCCAGCUCCCCCACCAGUACUAUCACACCCAUGUCUUCAACAAGCGCCAUUCCAGCAACUUCGCCCUCUGGUCAAAGCCAGCCUACAGCAAAACCCACUACUAUCUCUACGCCAAGCACCUCAACUGGAACCACUUCAGUAACGCCACCCACUGGACGCUACCAGACUACAACAACACCCACUACAGCCUCUACUGUCCCCACAUCUUCUGAGACCACCACUACAGGCACCACGGGAGCCACCAAGACCACCAGCACUCCGUCAGCAGGCCCAAGUACAGUCACAGCUGGAAGUACAACCAAGACUGUUCCGCUUACAACAGAAGGUACAACCACCAUUUCUUCCACAAGUGCAGGGACCACCGUACCUACCUCCAGUGCCAGCACCACAAAGACAUCACCUCCUCCAACAAAAAGCACAACCACCAUUACAUCCACAAGUGCAGAAAGCACCACCAUACCUACCAGCAGUGCCAGCACCACCAAGACAUUACCUCCUCCAAUAAAAGCUAAGACCACCAUUUCUUCCACGAGUGCAGAGACCACCAUACCUACCUCCAUUGCCAGCACCACAAAGACCUCACCUCCUCCAACAAAAAGCACAACCACCAUUACAUCCACAAGUGCAGAAAGCACCACCAUACCUACCAGCAGUGCCAGCACCACCAAGACAUUACCUCCUCCAAUAAAAGCUAAGACCACCAUUUCUUCCACAAGUGCAGGGACCACCAUACCUACAACCAUUGCCAGCACCACAAAGACCUCACCUCCUCCAACAAAAAGCACAACCACCAUUACAUCCACAAGUGCAGAAAGCACCACCAUACCUACCAGCAGUGCCAGCACCACCAAGACAUUACCUCCUCCAAUAAAAGCUAAGACCACCAUUUCUUCCACAAGUGCAGAGACCACCGUACCUACCUCCAGUGCCAGCUCCACCAAGACCACUCCUCCUGUACCAGGGAGCACAACCACCAUUGUCACCACCACAACCUCAGUGCCCAGCUCCCCCACCAGUACUAUCACACCCAUGUCGUCAACAAGCGCCAUUCCAGCAACUUCGCCCUCUGGUCAAAGCCAGCCUACAGCAAAACCCACUACUAUCUCUACGCCAAGCACCUCAACUGGAACCACUUCAGUAACGCCACCCACUGGACGCUACCAGACUACAACAACACCCACUACAGCCUCUACGAUCCCCACAUCUUCUCAGACCACCACCACAAGCACCACGGGAGUCACCAAGACCACCAGCACUCCGUCAGCACGCCCAACUACAGUCACAGCUGGAAGUACAACCAAGACUGUUCCGCUUACAACAGAAGGUACAACCACCAUUUCUUCCACAAGUGCAGGGACCACUGUACCUACAACCAUUGCCAGCACCACAAAGACCUCACCUCCUCCAACAAAAAGCACAACCACCAUUACAUCCACAAGUGCAGAAAGCACCACCAUACUUACCAGCAGUGCCAGCACCACCAAGACAUUACCUCCUCCAAUAAAAGCUAAGACCACCAUUUCUUCCACAAGUGCAGGGACCACCAUACCUACCUCCAUUGCCAGCACCACCAAGACCACUCCUCCUGUACCAGGGAGCACAACCACCAUUGUCACCACCACAACCUCAGUGCCCAGCUCCCCCACCAGUACUAUCACACCCAUGUCGUCAACAAGCGCCAUUCCAGCAACUUCGCCCUCUGGUCAAAGCCAGCCUACAGCAAAACCCACUACUGUCUCUACGCCAAGCACCUCAACUGGAACCACUUCAGUAACGCCACCCACUGGACGCUACCAGACUACAACAACACCCACUACAGCCUCUACUAUCCCCACAUCUUCUGAGACCACCACCACAAGCACCACGGGAGUCACCAAGACCACCAGCACUCCGUCAGCACGCCCAACUACAGUCACAGCUGGAAGUACAACCAAGACUGUUCCGCUUACAACAGAAGCUGGUACUACACAGCCAAGACACACUACAAGCACUUCUGCAGUCUCCAGUUCUUCCCCCACCACACCUUCCACAACAGAAGCAAGCAGAACAACUCCAUGUUUUUGCCACGUGUUUGGUGGCUUGUUUUCUCCCGGAGAAGUUGUAUACAACAGAACAGAUAAGGCUGGAUGUAAUUUUUAUGCACUUUGCAGCAAAGAAUGUGAAAUUGCUCCAUUUCAGGGGCCAUGUCCUGCAACAACUGCUUUAACUUCGGUGUCCUCAGAGACUACAACAGAAGCCCCCUCAUCCACAGCAACAUCCAUCACAGAUUUACCAGAAAGAAACUGUACUGAUGUCAAUCCUCCACGAAAGCCUGGAGAGGUAUGGACAACGCAGUGCCAGGAGUGUGUCUGUGAUGGAGACACUGCUACAGCAGAAUGUCGGCUGCUCCCAUGCGAUAUAGAGGAAGUAGUUUGUGACGUAGGAUUUAUUGCCUUACCUGUACUACCAGUAACAGACCCCUGCUGUCCUGAACUUGAAUGCCGGCAACGUUCAAACACCUGUGAGAUUAAUGGUAAAAUAUAUGAGAGUGGAACAUUUGUAAUAGAUUCAUGUAAGAAUUGUACCUGCUCUUCUGAGAAUGGGAAAAACAUUGUGAAGUGCGAAGCACUUAAAUGUGAAACAUCUUGUCCAGUGGGUCACCAAUAUAAGAUUGAGGAUGGAGAGUGCUGUGGGAAGUGUGAAGUAUCAUCUUGCAGAAUUCAUCUAAAUAACGAGACUGUUCUGCUCGAAGUUGGUAAGAUUCUGCCACUUGAUCUGUGCAGCCACUACAAAUGUGAAUUAAUUGAAGAUCAAUACGUUGCAGUUCAAACGAAACGAGUAUGUCCCGACUACGGUCCACUGGAGUGCGAUCCCGAUGAAGCAGAGACUACUUCUGAUGGCUGCUGCAAGAUAUGUAAACCUACUAACUGCAAAGCUUACAGCACAAAAACUGUAAUCCAAUAUGAAGACUGUGAAUCUCCUGAAGCUGUUGAGUUGGGAUACUGUGAAGGGACUUGUCCUGGCUCCUCCACGUAUUCUCUUCAAGCAAACCAGAUGCAACAUAACUGUAGUUGCUGCCAAGAGCUCAGCAGCCACAGAAGAGAUGUGAUCCUGAAUUGCCAAAACGGAACAAGCAUAAAUUAUAGCUACGUCUAUGUGGAUCAAUGCCAGUGUAUAAACGGGUGCAACUCACAAAGCCUUGAAGCAGACGAUUACCAAUCAGAAAUCAGCCAAAAACAGACAUGAUCAUUGCAAAAAGAACAAAAAUAGGCCCUAGGAAAGCUGGAACCGUAUCUUCCUCGAGAUAACUUGUGCUCCUUCUUUAACUGAUAUUUGUUUGUUAUCGCCUUUUCUUUUUUCUUGCUUAUAAAAGCCGAAGAACCCUUAAGUGUAAUAUUUUAUUUAAGUGAUACAGUUUUCAAGGUAAAAAAGAAGUAACCAUGCAAAAUAACUUCCUGUACAUUAUGCAAAUAUGUCAAUAUGUACCAGUACAAUCACAAAACCAACGUUUUGGGAGAAGUUGUAAUGGCUCCAAAAACAAAACUAGGAAACAUUGUAGCUACAUUGCACUCAACUCUUAUGACUAGAGAAAGUUUUAUUGCAUAGCAU